AUGACAAUUGAUGGUACGAGGCAAUCUAAGGAGGCUCUACAAGAUGAACGGUUAAAUACUGGGUCUGAUAAGAUCUAUCAAAACUAUAUGAUGCCCGCUUUGGAACUUUACGAUGCGAAGGUCUCUAUAAAUCAUUGGCAAUUACGGGAUUGUAUCAAGCCAAGUUCAACGAACCAGAGUAAACUGUAUUAUAUCUAUGAUCAUUCGAUAAGAGUACUGAAUACAGAUUCCUCCGCUUUGAGGUCCCCAGUAAGGCGACAUCAUUCUAUUCAGCCGAAAAAUAGUUUCAAGAGCUCUAUAUUAAAGGGAUCAGCAAAGAGUGCCAACACAACAGGCUCAUUCAUCUCCAAAAAUUUACACGUUCCCUCUGAAAAAUUGGUGGAGUUUAACUUCAAGCCGAGAUGUUUCACUGAAUUAAACGGGCUGACCGUUUGUGGUGGGCUCAUUGGUUCUGAUGAUAAAGGAUUUCCCUCUAAUUGGAAUCACUUAACUCAAGACGCAAACGUUUCACUGCCUCCGCCUUCUCAACCGAUCAAUAUUUCCAAAAACAUUAGUUUCCCCAUAAACUCUCAUUAUUCAAACCCUAACAUUUGGAAGGGUAUUGUAGAGUUUUACAAUCAAGAAACCGACACGAUGAUGACAUUCACGUUGGGUCAGUUCAUCAAUAACUGUGUCACGCUUUAUGACAGGUCCACUACACAGUUUGACCUUUUCGCCUGCAAUAACGAUGGACAUCUUUAUCAAUGCGACGUGAGUAACAGAGAUGUAACGCUAGUGAAGCGUUACGCGGAUUUAAAGUUUCCUUUGAAUAACGCUUCUCUAUCACAUGACGGCCAAACUAUGGUGGUAUCUGGCGAUUCAAAUAAAUUUGCCGUCUAUAACCAAAAUGAAUUAACUAACCAAUUUUCCUUACACUAUGACAAUCAUCCCUCUUGGGGUAGUUCUUCGCAUCGCAUUAGGAGAAUACCACGAUUUGCAUUGCCUGAUGAAUCAGAGUGUGUUGAGAAUAUAUAUGAAGCGCCAAACUCAGAUCAUGGGUUUUAUAAUUGCUUUUCAGAGAACGACUUGCAAUUUGCGACUGUAUUCCAAAAUGGCACCUGCUCAAUCUAUGAUGUUAGAAACAUGGCUGUUCCUAUGGCAGAGAUUAGCUCAACAAGGCCACAUUCUCAUAACGGUGCAUUUAGAGUCUGUAGGUUUAGUUACGGACUCGACGAUUUACUAUUCAUUUCUGAACACCAAGGUAGAGUGCAUGUUGUAGACACAAGAAAUUAUGUUAAUCAUCAAGUUAUUGUAGUCCCUGAUAAAGUCAACAUGGAAUACAUAAAUGAGCAGAAUCAUAAUUUAAACCCCAAAGGCAAUUUAAACAACGAAAUUACUGCUACUAACAAUAGCAAAGAUGAUUCUCAAUUUACUGAAGGAACGGAUCAUCGUUCUUUGUCAAGAAGAAGGUUUUCAUUGCCUUCUUUACCAUAUGCAUCCACAGAACCAUGGAUAACAAUGGCCCAAAGAAUCCCAAGAAAGUAUUUGGAACCACAAAUUUUACCGUUUCCGAAAGUUAUGGACCAAAUUAGUAACGAGUCGAUUCUGUUUUCUUCUCCGCGUAACCCAUCAAAUGACACAUCUCAUUCAAAUAAAAGACGGUGUUCAUUUAGAGUAAGGAGAGUAUCGACAUCAGUUCCAAGCGCUAAUUCUUCUAAUGGCCAAGUCAACCUUGGUUCACCUAUCACAGGUUCUACCGCAACUUCAUCUUCAGUUUCUGCACCUCAAAAUUUGAUUGACCCCUUGAUCCUUUCUCAUCAGCAAGCACAUAAUGACGUCUUUGAGGAUGACGAAUAUUAUGAGGUUUACAAUGACGUUCAUUCGACAUACCGUGUUUCUUCAGACUAUCCUAGCUUUUCACCAAGAGCUUUUGACAGUUUCUUAAGGCCACCUUCAACGCCCGACUUACCGUCAGAUGAUGACAAUUUUACUACAAAUAAUAGAAAUAACAGAAGUACAUCAAAUGUUUUGAGAAGGGCAGUGGUUUCAACCCAAGAAAAUAACGAAUUUUUAGAGGAAAACAAUAUAUCAGGUAUUGAUUGGGUUGAAGACAGAAAUGGUAGUUCUCUGAUUAUAGGUACGGAUUAUGGUAUCAUGAGGUGGAAUAUCAAUUCAUGGGCAAGAAGAAGUUUUUCUAGUUAUGAUUUAUGUUGA